ACGCCGAGCGUGCGCAGAUGAAAUAUAGACCAUAACGUCACUGAUGUGCGCCAGCACUGAACAUGGCGAGCAGUAAAAGAAGUGCGCUUCUCUCUUCACUAGCUGCUUAUGGGGAUGAUUCAGAGCAGGAUUCAGAUCCAGACACAGAUGAUCAAGAAUCAGAAUCUCAUCUUGGAUUGGUGUCGGCUAGUUACGGAGAGGAUGACUUGAGUCGUGUGGAGGAGGCAGAUGAGAAGCCCUCGGAAAAUGAGGAUAGUGAUGAGGACAGCACUAGAAAUUCGGAAGAGGAGGAGUCGGACUCAGGGCGGCCCCAAGAUGAUGUGAAGGAUGUCCUGGAAGUGGAGGUUAAAGACCCCAAUGAGCUUGUUGCACAGUUUUCGGAGAAGGUUCGGAACAUGUCUCCUGACGAGAUCAGAAUUCCUCCUGAACCUGCCGGGCGUUGUUCCAGUCAUCUGCAGGAAAAGAUCUUUAAACUUUACGAGCGGAAGCUUCAUGGAGACUUUGAUACAAACAGCCAUAUUCAAAUGAAGAAAGAGUUUCGCAACCCAAGUAUUUAUGAGAAGCUAAUCCAGUUCUGUGGAAUUGAUGAACUUGGAACCAAUUAUCCAAAAGACAUGUUUGACCCCCAUGGCUGGUCAGAGGAUUCGUAUUAUGAGGCACUAGCCAAAGCUCAGAAGGUAGAGAUGGACAAGCUGGAAAAAGCCAAAAAGGAAAAGACCAAGAUUGAAUUUGUGACAGGCACUAAAAAAGGCACCACUUCUAAUGCAGCAGUUCUGGCCACAAACGCAACAACUGCCUCAUCCACAGAUGCUCAGAAGAGGAAGAGCAAGUGGGAUUCAGCAGUGCCAGUGACCCUGGCACAACCCGCCCUCCUCACCACCACUGCCACCCUCCCUGGAGUCGUCUCUGUGACCACAACAGCCAGCGGCACCAAGACCACUGUCAUCUCUGCAGUGGGAACCAUUCUCAAAAAAGCUAAGCAAUGACAUGGAAAAAAAAGUGUUGAAAAUCAGUUU